UUUUAUUCCUUUGUACCGUAUACUCUCCUUAAUUUCAAGAAGAGUAUCAAAUAAAUAUUUGUAUAAAAUAAACACAAUAGUACAUGAAAAAUAUUUAGUAGUAUUAUUUAAUUAUUAUUAUUUAAUUAUUAUUUAAUUUAUAACUAUUUAUAUAAUAAUUAUAGUGAUUAAUAUAAAAGUGUUUAAAAUACUAGUGAUUAAAACUAUUUCUACAGUGAUUAAAAUUAAUGAUAAAAAUUCAUUAUGGAUCAUGAAAUACGUCUCAACGAUCUGAAUACAUCGACAUCGACAAGUGCACCACAAAGAAAUGAAAAUAUUUCAAAAAAUAGAAAUCCUGAUAUUACUUAUGGAAUAGAUGAUAUUCCACCCUGGUAUUUAUGUCUAUUUAUGGCAUUGCAGCACUAUUUAACUAUGAUAGGUGCUAUAGUUUCGAUACCAUUUAUCCUAACGCCUGCACUAUGCAUGGCUGAAGAUGAUCCAGCAAGAAGUCACAUAAUUUCAACAAUGAUUUUAGUUACAGGAAUAGUAACAUUCAUACAGACUACAUUUGGUUGCAGACUUCCUUUAGUCCAAGGUGGUACAAUUUCCUUUUUAGUUCCAACUCUAGCAUUAUUAAAUUUACCACAAUGGAAGUGUCCAAAUAAUGAGAUAUUAGAGAAUAUGUCUCCUGAGGAUCGAACUGAAUUAUGGCAGGUACGAAUGAGAGAACUUUCAGGUGCUAUUGCAGUCUCUGCUUUAUUUCAAGUAAUUAUUGGAUUUGGAGGAAUAGUAGGAUAUAUAUUGAAAUUUGUUACACCAUUAACUAUAGUUCCAACAGUAUCAUUAGUUGGUUUAUCAUUAUUUGAAAAUGCUGCAGAAGCUGCAUCGCAACAUUGGGGUAUCGCUGCGGGGACAAUAUUGAUGUUGACACUGUAUUCGCAAAUAUUGGUUAAUGUCGAGUGUCCGAUAGUUGUCUACAAAAAAGGUCAAGGCAUAAGAAUCGUUUGGUUCGCUCUAUUUAAAUUAUUCCCUGUAUUAUUGACAAUAGUUGUUAUGUGGAUAAUUUGUGUUAUUUUGACAGUAACUGACACUCUUCCACUUGGACAUCCAGGCAGAGCGGAUACAAAAAUAAAAAUUAUUAAUGACUCACCAUGGAUUCGUUUCCCAUAUCCUGGACAAUGGGGUAUUCCAACUGUCACUCUGUCCGGUGUUCUUGGUAUGUUAGCUGGUGUAUUAGCCUGCACUGUCGAAAGUAUAAGUUAUUAUCCAACAACAUCAAGAAUGUGUGGAGCUCCUCCACCACCAGUACAUGCAAUUAAUCGCGGAAUUGCAAUCGAAGGUCUGGGAACAAUGUUAGCAGGACUUUGGGGUAGUGGAAAUGGAACAAAUACCUUUGGUGAAAAUGUCGGUACAAUAGGAGUAACCAAAGUGGGAAGUCGGAGAGUAAUUCAGUGGGCUUGUUUCCUGAUGAUUCUCCAAGGUAUCAUCAGCAAGUUUGGAGCUGUUUUUAUCAUUAUUCCAGAACCAAUUGUUGGUGGAAUAUUUUGUGUUAUGUUUGGAAUGAUUGCCGCUUUUGGUUUAUCAGCAUUACAGUACGUCAAUCUUAAUAAUGCGAGAAAUUUGUAUAUUCUUGGUUUCUCCAUUUUCUUUCCAUUGGUGUUAUCCAAGUGGAUGAUCAAACAUUCGAAUGUCAUACAAACCGGAAGUGAAACAGCAGACGGUGUUAUUACCGUUUUAUUGAGUACAACAAUUCUAGUUGGAGGAAUUACUGGAUGUCUUCUAGAUAAUAUAAUACCAGGUACUCCUGAAGAUCGAGGUCUAAUAGCCUGGGCUAAUGAAAUGGAAUUAAACUUUGAUGCUACUUCAGAUAGUGAUGAAUAUGUUUCAAAUACUUUUGAUUUUCCAAUAGGAAUGAAGCUAUUAAGAAGGUGGAAAUGGACGUCAUACUUACCUUUUAUGCCAACAUAUAAACCACGAUCUUAAUAAUUAUAUGUAAUUCAAAAAACACUGCGACAUAAAAUUAAAACUAACGUAUAUUUGACGUUACUUAACUUUGUUUAUAAGCCAAAAUAUAUCAAUAAAUUGUAAAA